ACAAAACAACUUAUGACUCGCUCCACUGGUCAACUAACACUACACUGAGCUUCACUUAGCAAGACAUAUACAGUCAUAGGAGCUAGCAGCAGUUGCAGUUAGCAAGAAAGCAAGAAAUCAUGGGUUUCUCCAUGGGCUUGAACUUAGUGCUUCUCCUAGCCAUGGUGGCCACCAACAUCCUCUCCCUCUACCAUCUUUCCUCCACUCUUCAAUCUCCCAAGCCCCCAACUCAACAACCAGUCCCUGACCACCUCCUCCACCAACUCAACACCAUACGCGCCACCAUCAGCCAUCUCACGCGCCACCAACCACCUUCCGUUACCCCAUCUCCCACCUCUACCAAACCCUCCAUCCCUCAAGAUCUCCUCCUUUAUUCACACCUCUCACCUAUAGCUUCUUCUUGCCAUAACCACCCUGAUCUUCUACACAAGUACAUGGCCUACACUCCUUAUUCUCUUUGCCCUCUUGACUCUGAUCUUCUUGCUGAGUCUUUAAUCCUCCAUGGCUGCCACCCUCUACCUCGCCGUCGAUGCUUCUCCAAAACCCCACCAAAACCUCCAUCUUCUCUUCCUCGUAACCCUUUCCCUUCCUCGUUUCUUGACUCAAAUGUAAUCUGGAACAAGUAUCCUUCUUGCAAGUCAUUUUCUUGCCUGGCCAAGAAAAGCCCAGGUCUUGGCUUUGAUCUAAACACUGAGAUCUCCAAGUUUAUGACUUACAAGACUGAGUUGGAUCUCCCAGUCCCACAGUUGCUACAAGUAGCAAAAACAGCCAAUUCUGCUAUUAGACUUGGUAUUGAUAUUGGUGGUGCUACUGGUACUUUUGCAGCUAGAAUGAAGCAGUACAAUGUGACUGUUGUCACUACAACAAUGAAUUUCAAUGUGCCCAAUAAUGAAGUGGUGGCAAUGAGAGGCUUAGUGCCACUUCAUGUGCCAUUGCAGCAGAGGUUGCCGGUUUUUGAUGGGGUGGUGGAUCUGGUCAGAUGUGCGCAUGCAGUGAAUAGGUGGAUACCUUUGACAAUGAUGGAGUUUUUGUUUUAUGAUGUUGAUAGAGUGUUGAGGGGCGGUGGGUAUUUGUGGUUUGAUCACUUCUUUUGUAAACGAAUGGAUCUUGAUAAGGUUUUUGGACCUUUGAUUGGGAAAUUGGGUUACAAGAAGGUGAAGUGGGCAGUUGGGAAUAAAACUGAUGCUAGUGGCUUGAAGAAUGAGGAGGUUUACUUGACUGCACUUUUGCAAAAGCCUGUGUCAAAAUGAGGAUCAGAUAUAUCUCUUGAGAGGCUUGCGCUUGGGGAUGAGUUCAUUAGAAUUAUGAUGCAUGACAAAUGGACAAGCAGGAAGGAAAAGCAUAUCAGGAGUGUUAUGAGUUCAUUAGAAUUGUGUGCAUAAACAAAGGAAACCGUGUUUCAUGCUCUUCAAGUCUGGUGUAAAUGCAGGUCCAGAUAUUGAAUCUAAUUUAAGGCUGCUUGCAGAACAUAAAUUGCUUCAUUCAAUCAUUUCUGUACAAACACAUCACAACUGUUUAUACUUUGUAUAUCUAAGUUUUUUGACAACAGUAUUAUUUCAUUAGCCAGUCAUUGAUUCAAAUUGAUUGGAAUUUUUUUAA